UAGCUAUAUUCCCUUCCAGCAGCGGCGGCGGGGGCACGAAACGAAAGGCGGGCGAACAACAACAAUGUGGGAAAAGGCGAUGCCAAGCGGUAUUUUUGGAGAGCAGUGGCGCCGGAUGCCAUGAGUGCCAAGCGGUGGACGGACGCCUCAUCGCCAGCCCUCAGCUCCAAGCUCCCUCACCAGUUGGUCUCAGUCUGUCUCCGGAAACAGUCGCAACCAUGAGGAAUAAGGCGUUGUUGUCGCUGCUCUUAGCCAUGAUGGUGCUCUUUGCCCGCACCUCAGCAUGGGACCUCUUCGCUGAUGAUGACGAUGAUGAUGACGAUGAUGAUGACGAUGAUGAUGAUGAUGGUGAUGACGGCGACGACGACGACGAUGAUGAUGAUGAUGACGAUGAUGAUGACGACGACGACGACGAUGACGACGGGGACGGGGACGACGACGACGAAGACGAUGAUGAAGAUGAUGAUGAGGAUGAUGAUGAGGAUGACGAUGGUGAUGAUGAUGAUGAAGACGAUGAUGAUGAGGAUGACGACGAGGAUGAUGAUGAGGAUGACGAUGGUGAUGAUGAUGAUGAAGAUGAUGAUGAUGAGGAUGAUGAAGAUGACGACGACGACGAUGAUGAUGAUGAUGACGACGAUGACGACGACGAGGAGUAACUCUCUGAGUAGUCGUCCUCUCAGCCAACAUCGAAAUAAAGUCGUCAAUGUGGGGAUGAAUCUACUACAAACUUUCCCUCGGACCGUGGUGGUCUCCAGGGAAGAUGAAGUCGUCGUUAGUACUAUAGUAGAUUCGCAUUCGAUAAAAAAAACCAUUCAUAAAAUAUCCACAAAUAAUAAUAAUAAUAUUAAUGAUAAUAUCCAACUAACGUUAAUUUAAUUUACUAUUAUUAUUUUUUUUUCUCUUUCUUUCGUCGUUUAUAAAGUCGUUAUUAUAAAGCGUCUUCGUUCGAGUUUAUACGUCACAUUUUUAGUCUCGUCUCGUGUACUAAUAAUAACGCCCAGGGUAAGGUAAAUCACACUCUUUUAGAGCAAAUAAACAACAACAACAGCAGUAAACAUAAACAACAACAACAACAACCUGCAAGAAGCAAGAUCAAGAUGAAGUAAUUAUUCAUUUCCACACCGGAGACUCCGAUUCAAAAAUUGCUAAUUUUUUAAGCUUAAAAAAAAACAAAAAACGAUCAACUGUCUGUGACUUACCUUACCACGUUCAUAUAUAAUCUCGUUUAGGUUAUCAGUAUAUAAAGAUUUAUAUAAAAAAACACAAAUAAAUCGUCACACUACUAUAAGAAUCCAAGCGACGUGUCCUGCCUUUGAUGAUAAUGUUAAUUAAAAGACCAGCAACAACAACAACAAAUGUUAUCUAGAUAUUUCAGAGACUGUCUCGUAAUGUAAUGAAUACCAAAAAAAUAUAAAAAAAAGGAGGGUCGCUUGUGUUCUUUGUCUUGAAAGUGCACCCGCGUGACUCAUGAGCCCCAGUGUGCUCUUUAUUUUGUACUAUGAAUAAAAAUUAAUAAAAAAACA